AUGCAGCUCACGGGUAGCGCAACACACGGUGGGGGCAGUUGCCAGCUCAGUAUGAGUUUUGAUGAGGGCAAGGAAUUCAGAGUCAUUAAAAGCAUCGAGGGCGGCUGUCCUGAAAAGAAGGAGUAUAGCUUCACAGUGCCGCCGGAGCUGGCGAAAGGCGGCAGGAAGAGAGGACUAUUUGCUUGGACAUGGUUCAAUAAAAUCGGCAACCGAGAAAUGUACAUGAAUUGCGCACCCGUCGAGAUCGUACCGAAAGACAACGACAAAAGGGACGACCUUUCAGAACAUGUCGAGGCGAGGGAUGUGCAGAAGACCAAUGCUGCAGCCCAAGCAUCUCUCUCGUCUUACCCGCCGCUUUUCGUCGCGAACCUCAAAAGCGUCAACGACUGUGUUACCAAAGAGACUCAGGACGUCGUUUUCGACACGCCAGGCAAGAGCGUCGAUUUUGCCGAUGGCGUAAAUCGUUCCGGGAAACCAAGUUUCGGUGCGAGCCAGUGUACCGGAAAGGGGGGCAAGAAUGCUGGCAGUUCUUCACCAUCAAGUCCCCAAGGACAAUGGCAGCCAACCACACCUUCAAAUACAGGUAGCCCGUCAAACUGCAACGAUGGCCAGUACCACGAAGAAUGCCAUGGAGGCCCUUCCAGCCAAAAAGUACUCAGUGGUUCCACUGCAUCUGCAUCCGCAAGCGCGAAGCCAGCGCAACAAGCACAAGCCCAGCAAUCGAGUGACCAGCAACAAGUCCAAGACGUCAAAACCGGCAAGAAACCCUCACCAAAAGUCGAGCAAGAACUCGACGCCUACUUGAAGAACCUCUACGGCGGCUCCCGCCCCAGCAAGCGCGACGCCUGCAGCUCCACCAAGCCCCCUACUGGCGGCUGUUCCUCCCCCGGCCGCUGGAUGCGCAAAGGCGAAUGCACAUGGUCCUGCGAGCGACAAGGCAAGACAAUCAGCACCCCAACCAAGUCCGCCACCUCUCAGAGCAAAGAAAGCAAAGAAGUCGCAUCGAACCUCAAAACCCUCGGCGCCGACAUGUCUGCAAUGGUCCAACUCAUCCUCGCAAAGCGAUCUACCACCAGCACAGGCGCAAAGGACGCCGACGCCAACCUCGCCCGGCUCAACACCGACAUCACUCGUCUUGUUGAGGUGUACGUUAAAGGCGCCACGACCAGCAAGCAGACGGAGGCGAAUCUCAAGGCUUUCCAAACAAGCCUGAACACGCUCGUACAAGGUAUGACGCCCCGGAAAACAUCGCGGUUGGUCAAGAGGCAAGAUGCGCUCAUCGUUGCGCCUCCUGCUCCGUCCUCGUUUGAUCUAUUUCUCGCGUAUCUGGCUAGACUGCAGACGACGGUCAUCGAGUGUAUACGCAACCUGACAACGACGGAUUCGAGUGGGUCAACAUUGCUGAAUUCAACGGCGUUGGUGAAUUCGACAUUCGCGGUUAUUGAUGCGGCGGCGAAUGUGCAGACUGCGCUCAAACCGGUGCAGAAACGACGACCUGACGUCCCCACGAAGGGUUGGUUUGAUGCUGCGGAUCUCCCGGCUGACGAACUGGAAUCUGACACUGUAUUCACCGGCAUGCGCCGCCUCGGGCUAGACUUCGAGCGGCUGUACGACUCCCUCCGACCCGAAGGUUCAGGCGAAGAUACAUCAGACAUGGAAUUCCUCACCAUCCCUCUCGGAAUGGCGAAAGACGACUCUUCCACCCACACCCUACAGAAACGCCAAAAUACUGGCUGGUUCGACGCCGCGGACCUCCCCGACGACGAACUAGCCGACGACGAUGUGUUCACUGGCAUGCGUGAUCUCGGGCUGGACUACGAGCGGUUGUACGAUUCACUCAGGCCUGAGGGAGAUGGUGGGGAUACUUCAGACAUGCAGUUUCUCACUGUUCCAUUAGGUAUGGCCAAGGACGAUGCUGUCCCACAUGCUGGACUGCCGGCAAGGAAACUUGCGCCUGUAGUAGCUGCGUCAAAUAGUUCGAGCAAUCCGCUGCAGGACGCGGCUGAUCAGGCGGCGUUUGAAGCCGCUCUGGCUAAGGAUGAAAUGCAGAAUGAACACAUUCUUACCAACUCUACAUCGAAGCCAGAGACAAAGCCGGAUGUGGAUGCUCUACCUCCGUUCUUCUUAGGCCCGGGCCCAUCGGCACCGCCGGGCUUGGAGAGUGUCUGGCCAGCUACGAACGAGGGUGAGCAUGUGGGUAAUUUGGAGGAUAUGCCGAUGGUGGUGAAUGAUUUGGGGCCGGGGGCGGAGGAAGAGGUCAAGCAGUUUUUUGCGAAUCUUGCGAAGGAGGCGGGAGCGAGUGGUGCAGAGGGCGAGAAGGAUGGGAGGGUGGCGAGGAGGUUGAAGGCAUAG